AUGCCAGACAAGCUAUCACUCCUAGUGCACGAAGUGGAGCGCUUGAUUACGGCUCCAUAUGCACCCUCGCUCCAAAGCCUUCAUGAUAUUAUUCCGAAUGAGUCCAAUGGGUUGGUUAAUGCCUGGGCUACUCGUAAACCAUGCCAAAUUGGAGCUUUGGUCGAUAUGCUUUUCGACGGGCUAUCUCGGUCUCGUUUCGCUCUGCCGUUACUGAAUGCUUUCGCAUCAGUCUCUUCUUUUUCCGAUGCUCUGCUGCAGCGUUAUCCCACUGCACUUGACCAGUUCCUGGAGAAGGCCCUGGAAAGUGAUGAGUCUGAGUGGAUGGCACUCUGCACUGCCCUUCUUUCUACUCCUCUUCCCCCGAACUUCAUUGCUCCAGCUCGUCUGGCGCAGUUCAUCAUGAGGCUGAUAAACGCAAUGGGGGAGAAUCCAUGUUCAGAAACCAUAUUCCCACUUUAUCAAAUCAUGACCGGCCUGCAACCAGUCCCCGGAGUAUUACUGGAGAUAUCUCCGGAGACAAUGUCGAGCCUUCAGGUAGAGCUCACUAAGACACUACGGAAUCUCGACGACCACAUGGGCAAUCUCCUCUGUCUCGCUACCUUUGCCCGAAUUUCAUCUUCUUGGGACACUAAUGCUGAAAGAGAACACGGACCACAAUUUCCAAUUUGGCUGCAGAAUGUCAAGCAUUUUUUCGGUCAGAAGCGCGGUUUAAAAACUCUGGACCUCGUUAUCCUGCGCGUGAUACUUGCAUGCUCCGCUAGUUGUGACAAUCUGCCACCAAGGAAGGCAGCCGAGAGCAUCCGAUUAGCAAUCGAGAUUUGUGACAGCGUAGAGCAGGGCCAGAAGGACUGCUGGAUUGCGAACAACGCUCCCAAAAUUGCCAAGCUUUGCGAGAAAGUCAACAGGAAUGGUAUUGACUGGCAAGUGCAAAUGAUGGGCCUGACAUUCCUUACCUCACUUCUACCAGACAGCGCGUUGUCACCUGAAAUACCUCGACUUGCUUUGCAAGGCCUUCUUACUCAAGAAAGACAAUCUCAUGAAGCUGUACCCCAAUAUCUUAUUCCACGUUUGGUGAUGGCAAAUGUUAUUCUGUCGGGAAAGCCUGCGAUUUGUGAUCUCAUGAAUCGCACAUUCACAGCAUUGAAAACACUCUGCGAUAACCAUAAUGCAGAUACCGAGUUAAUCGAGUUAUCGAGGUCGGUACUCCUUGGACUUCAGAGCGUGGAACCCCGAAUCUUAAGUUCGGCCAUGGCGACGUACGAUUUAAGAGAGAUCAACCGCACCUUGAACGAAUUAACUGAAACCUUUCCUGAGAAACCAAGUCAUUCGCAAUGCGAGGGUGUCAAUCUCUGCUAUGCCUCGACUUCCAACUCUGCGAAUGAGUUAUUGUUCGACUUAAUCGUGUUUACUUCUCAUAUGUCACUGUUGGGCGCAAUGGGUUCUGAAGCCAACAACCCGACUGGAACGAGCAAUUUGGCAAAUUGUUUACUGAAGGCAAAAACAUUGAUCCCAAAAAACAACUGUAGCUUCUCCGAAUUCAAGUCAUGGGAUUUACGAGUCAAAUUUCCGUUAGCUGGACUCCCAAAAGGAGGUCCCACUUCGAGAGACGAUUGGAGGACUGGGAUAGCAGAGACUCUGAUGCUCAGUUCGCGUAUGACCCAUGACAAUUUAAUCCGGAAAAUGGAGGAGGCCUGCUUCGACCUCGAACAGCGUUGCACUACAAUUGAAGCACCACUUCGAGCAGUUGAAGAUGAGCGUGAUCAGAUUGCUGUGCAGGCUGAACAACUUCAGCAACAGAAAAGCGAGCUGGAACUGCAACUACAGCAAGCUUCUAGCACAAUAUCUGAGCUGCAGCAAGAAAUUUCCCAUCUGGAAAAGCAUGCUCGGUCAACUUCUGCCCGCGUUGAGGAAUUAUCAGCAAGCCUUGAUACUGCGCGAAGGGAGUUGGAAGAUCAGCGUCGCAACUCCCAAGAAACCACCAACAGUGAAAGAGAAAAAGCUCGAACAAGGGAACUAGACCUUCUUGCUUCAAUCACAGAAAAAGCUGAUCAGAUCGAAGAGCUUCAGGAGGAAACACGGAGCUUGCGGGAAGAUAAUGACGCCUUGCGCCAAACACUGGAUACUGUCUCGAAGGAGAAAGGCACUUCUUUGGAGCACACAGCUGCCCUCAAACAGGACGUAGGAAGGCUAGAGGAAUGCGUCGAACACGGCAAGCUACUCCUUGCACAGAAGGAUGAAGAAAUAAGUAGACUUCAGGCAGAUCAAGGACACAUGAACUCGCAGAUGGAAGCCUUACAAAAGAAGUUGGAUGAAGAGUCUGCUCAGGUUCAGGAACUCAAAGCCGCGCUUCGAAAUGCCGAGGAAACGCACAGAACUGAAGUUAGCACACUCAAAAAACAAUAUGAGUCACAGAUCUCGGAAAUAACUGUGGAGUACACUGAGAACAAAGGAGAAAUGAAGGCUCUGCAAGCCGCCAUGCAUGCAGCCGCUUCCAACGCCACAAAAGAAUUGCAAGCAAAAGAAAAACGAAUUCAGCAUCUUGAGAGAAAGGUGCAACAACUACGCGAAGAACGGGCAGUCAAAGCACGCGAAUUUUCAGAAGCCCAGCAACAUAUUGGUCGUCUGAUGAGCGUGAUGGGCUUCAAGCCUGGACCAAAAGAGCCAAAGGCGGCAAGCAAACAGCAGCGCUCCAGGUCAACCCUUGGGCCAUCGGAAGCCGUCACAAUACAACAGCAAACGCCCCAACGGGAUGAAGACCCACAAAGCCAGUCCGAGAAUAUGCUUGGUGAUUCCUUCGCUUCUCCCACACCGCAGCCGGGACGUAGUCCUAAGAGAUUCAGGACCACUGCUGCGGACCAGGAUCUGGGAGAGUCGCUUGCUCAAAGCCAGUCGAGGCCACGUCGUACCAGACAAGCCCUUGGAGAAGCAAACCGGAAUAGGCAGACGAACUCGCUGCGAAGUGGCGCUUCACAGUGUACACCGAAUGCUUCACUCCAAGGGACUCAAGACGGGACUAACUGGGACGAAAACCACUUCCACGACAUUGACCUCGACAUGGACCUGGAGUUUUCGAAGGACUUCAUUUUCACUAGCACUGCCCUCUCCGAGGCGAACGAUCAUAUACCCUGA